AAUGCUAAUGCUAAACAGGUCUCUCAUUUUUUAAUUUAUAUUCUUUUUCUAUUAAUUCCUCAAGUUUUUGGACAAACAAAGCGUCGGAAAUCAGAGAUCGCAAUGGGAAUUCCAUCGACGAUGAGGGAUCUGUUGGCGAACCGAAGGAGUUCUCUGUUGAUCGCCUCUCCACACGAAGAACAACAGAGGGUUCUGAACGCUCGCAAAUGCACUGAAGAGGGAGUUCGUGCUGGAGCGAAGGCAGCUUCUAUCACGUGCGUGGCCACUGCGGUCCCUACUUUGGUUGCUGUUCGUGUGGUUCCUUGGGCAAAGGCAAACCUUAACUACACAGGUCAAGCUCUCAUCAUAUCAGCUGCAACUAUUGCUGCAUAUUUCAUUACUGUGGACAAAACCAUCUUGGAAUGUGCAAGAAGGAAUGCACAAUACGAGAAAUUGGCGCAAUAUGUGAAAUCAGACUGAACUUUUUCCAAGUAUUCCAUUACUGCUGUCAAGGCUGUGUGAGGAGGAUAUGACAAGAUCAGGCUGAGUCUGGCUCUGAUAUACUGCCACCACAACUCCAUACAUGUCUUACCCCUUCAUGUUUGUAAACAACUGCAUGUUGCAGUUACUGCCGGUACUAUUUAUAAGUUACUUGUGUUGGUUUAACUAUUUGGCACAUGCAUACAUCUCUUGCUCCAAUUUUGCUGCAGUACUGAGGUGUAGAUAUGAGGCUGCGCAAAAUUUAUCUUUGCUAAUGUAAACAUUCGGCUCCUGUAUUAUUAAGUGUGCUGUCUUAUUUUCGUC